CGGUGCAUCCCAAAGGGAAAAUGAAAGAGGGAGGAAGCGGGUCGGUCCCACGCGGCCCCCGGCCCGCCCGCGACCCCCACCCCUGAGCCCUCCGGACGGAGCCGCACGUUCAGGAGCCAUGGGCGAGUGGAACUUCCUGAGCUCCCUGCUGGACGUGAUCCAGGACCAGUCGCCGCUGGUGGGCCGCUUCUGGCUGGUGGUGAUGGUCAUCUUCCGCAUCCUGGUGCUGGCCACGGUGGGCGACGACCUCUUCGAGGACGAGCAGGACAUGUUCGUGUGCAACACGGCCCAGCCCGGCUGCAAACAGGCCUGCUACGACCUGGCCUUCCCCAUCUCCCACUACCGCUUCUGGGUCUUCCAGAUCGUGCUGCUCUCGUUGCCCGCCGUCCUCUACGUCGUCUAUUCGGUGCACCGGGCCACCAAAGGCCCGGGGGCCGGGCCCGGGCAGCCCGCGCCUCCCGGCCCGGCCCGCCCGGGCCGCUGCUACGUGCUGAGCGUCCUGGGGCGCCUUCUGGCCGAGGGGGCAUUCCUGGCCGGGCAGGCGCUGCUCUACGGGUUCCGGGUGGCACCGCGGUUCCUCUGCAGGCGGGCCCCGUGCCCGCACCUGGUGGACUGCUACGUCAGCCGCCCCACCGAGAAGACGGUCUUCCUCAUGUUCUACUUCUGCGUGGGGCUGCUGUCGGCCGCCCUCAGCCUGGCCGAGCUGGGCCACCUGGCCUGCAAGAGCCGGCCCUGGUGGGUGGGCACCCCCGGCCCUGCCCCUUCCUCGCCCUCGGCCGACGCCCUCAGGGACAACUGCUGCAACCGGGCGCAGGAGCAGAAGUCCCAGCCUCUCCUCACCCUGGGGCACCAGGCCGAGGAGAAGCCCCCGGCCCCGGGACCCGACUCCCCCCCGGCCUACAGCCGCUGCCAACCCACGGUAUCCUCGGGGUCGCUGCCCGGAGCGCGGGGGGGGCUGCUCAUCUAGAGCCGGAUGAAGCAAAGGCGCCCCCCAACUCCCCACCAGGCCCCAGAGCCAGACUGCUCUGGAGGUGGGCGGCGGGGCUGCCGGGCAGGGCACCGGGCAGGGAACCGGCCACCCUCGCCCCCGGAAUGACGAUAAUCAGGGUAUUUGGAAAGCGCUGUGUGCCAGGCACCGCACUAAGCGCUGGGGUGGUUACGAGCGAAUCGGGUUGGA